ACUGCAUUGUGAUUGCGUAUACAUCUCGUCCAUCUGUCGGAAAGGCUUGCGAUAGACCGGUGUUAACAUUGGCCUUACAAUUGUCAACUGCAUCGUCGGAGAAGCCACGCUUUGUAGAACUUCAGUGCCGGGAAGAGCCUUGACCCGGAAGUCACAUUUUUACCACUCAUCAUCUGCGUGAUCGAUUAGGUCGCGUCAGCAUCGGGGGUAAAUCUGACACCAUUAGUGCGUACCACUUCCUAAAAAGCGCAUCAACAGGUGACCUUUUACGCCUGUUCAAAACCAAUGGCACGAAGAAAUUCUUUCGACGCAGCGUCGGCUGGCUUCCGAGCUCAUUUACCAGAUCUCAGCAGUCCUCGCUUCACAACAGCUGCGAAGCAGAAUAUAUACGAGUACGCAAAAUGCAUGCAGGAUAACCGCGCACCGCCGUGGUUGUAUGACUUGACCAAGGUGUGGGAGAAGCUGCUAGAAGAACCGUACAAAGGCGUCACGAGUGAUGGCACCGUAAGAGACGGCUUAUUUAAAGCAAAAGACGAGGACGCAGAUGUUGAAGGCGCGGUCAAGAAGGCAGAGGAACUGAUCGCUGGUUUGAGCGAGGAGCAAAAAAAUAAAGUCUCAUAUCCGAUCAAUGCGAGGGAGUGGCGUGCGUGGAGUAAUCCUGAGUUCGUGUUGAGGCCGUUUGGCCUGCGCCUUGAGGAAGUCCCCGAGUCAACGGCACAAUCUAUCCUACGCGUAGUCGAAGCAUCCCUCUCCCCGGAAGGUUACACAAAAGCCAUAUCUGCCAUGCGCAUCAAUCACUUCUUAGGCGAAGUCGUGCAACUCCCCAACAUAAUGAACAAGUACUCUUACAACUUCCUCCUUUUUGGCACACCUUCCACCUCCCCAUCUUCACCCUGGGGAUGGCUUCUCUACGGCCACCACCUCGACAUUGCAUGUUUCUUCAAGGGGUCGCAGGUAGUCCUUACGCCCUCAUUCACUGGGGCCGAACCAAACAUCAUUGAUGCAGGCGAAUGGAACGGCACGGAGAUUUUGCAUAAGGAGGGUAAUCUAGGAUUGAAGUUGAUGCAGAGUCUGAGUGCUGAGCAGCAGGAGAAAGCGCGGGUGUUCAAGAACUUAAGGGAUGAGGGAAUGAAGCAGGUUUACGGGAAUUCGAAUAACGACGAGAGUAAGCGCGAUGAACUCAUCACCGACACCUGGGGUCCGGAUGACCAGCGACACCGCUGCGGCGCAUUUCGCGACAAUCGCAUCGUUCCGUACGAAGGCGUGCUGGUCUCUUCUCUCACACCUGAACAACAGCAGCUCAUCCUGGACAUCUGCUACGAGUUCCUCCUCUACCAUCCGACGAAAUCCCGGCAAUUGAAGCUAGAGCAGAUGAAGCAGCACUUCAGCGAAUCCUACUUUUGCUGGAUCGGCGGAUUCGGGGACAACGAUGCGUUUUACUUUAGGAUACAGAGCCCUGUCAUUCUGGUUGAGUUUGAUCAUCAUUCCGGCGUUUUCUUGACCAAUAAAGAACCGGCAAAGUAUCAUACGCAUACCAUUGUCAGGACUCCUAAUGCGGGGGAUUAUGGUCAGGGGAUAAGGGAGGGGGCGGAGAGGCUACAAUGAGUGUAAAAUAAUAGAGUUACAUGGAGUCGAUUGAGACGAGCGCAUAGAGCAAUAAGAAAUUGGUGUCCAGGAAUGGUUCCACGUAGCACUCAUCGUCUGCUCAGUGAAGGGCGCCUACUCACUUCAAUGUCAACUUCC